AUGGUGGUUUUAUCACAGCACGUUGCUUUAGAUAACCACUUAUCCGUAAUCCCAACAUACAAACCGGUUCCGGUCCCCGUCGUGGACCUAACCGACCCAGAAGCCAAAACUCUAAUCGUGAAAGCCUGUGAAGAGUUUGGUUUCUUCAAGGUUGUAAACCACGGAGUCCGACCAGACCUCAUGACCCGGUUAGAGCAGGCGGCUGUCGGCUUCUUCGCCUUGCCACAGUCUCUUAAAAACCAGGCCGGUCCGCCUGAACCGUACGGUUAUGGUAGUAAACGGAUUGGACCAAACGGGGACGUGGGAUGGAUAGAGUAUAUUCUCCUCAAUGCUAAUCCUCAGCUCACGUCUCCCAAAACCUCCGCCAUUUUCCGUCAAACCCCACAAAUUUUCCGAGAGGCGGUGGAGGAGUACAUGAAGGAGGUGAAGAAAGUCACGUGCAAAGUGUUGGAGAUGGUGACGGAAGGAUUAGGGAUAGAGCCAAGGGACACACUGAGUAAGAUGGUGAGAGAUGAGAAGAGCGACUCUUGCUUGAGAAUGAACCAUUAUCCUACGGCGGAGGAAGAGGUGGAGAAGAUGUGCUACGGUCCAAUAACACUGCGGGUCUUCAAAUCUGUAUGA